CGGAAGCGGAAGUUGUGGAUGCUGCUGAUCGAGCAAUGCGCGCCGCUACUGAUGCUCUUAAACUUGUUGCAUAACAACAAAAACAGCAGGGUCUCACGUUGCUAAAAUAUCAAAUUAGUAUUUUAUUGAAAGGACAAAUCUGCAUUUAAACGCCACCUUCAGGGAACAGAUAUGGCAGAAAUGGCAGUGGACGGUGAUGUGAUACAAUUUCAAACAGGUCAUUGAUGAAGAAAUAUUCAUUCCAAGAGACUGUGAAAGUAGCAAAGAUUGAACAUUUAUGCACAUUUAUUUAUAUUUCCAACACUCCUGUCUCAUUCAGGGUUUUCUUAACCCUGAUGUGUCCCGCAGAGAUGUCUGUAGCAUCGUAAGGUGUUAAUUUGAUGGAUAUGGAUAUAAAAUGAUCAUUUUCCCCUACAUGCCCAUGAAGGCUGUCUUUCAGCGUAGGCUUCAGAAAUUGAGGCACUAUAGAGGAAUCCAUCAGUCUGAGUUUAGGUAAUCUCGUCACUUUUCAAUCGUUCCUUCCCUGCGUCUUGGUCAAGAUGGAGUCCUACCUCUUCCCCUUCGACAGCCUGAUCUGCAUGCUUCUGGGCAUUUCCUUCACGGUGUGGUUCACCCUUCUACUGGUGUUCAUCAUCGUACCCGCAAUCCUCGGCGUGUCUUUCGGGAUCCGCAGACUGUAUAUGAAGUCACUGAUCAAGCUUUUCGAGUGGGCGACCUUAAGAAUGGAGCGAGGAGCCAGAGAGAAGAAUCAGCAUCUCUACAAACCCUACAGCAAUGGGAUCAUUGCUAAAGAACCAGCGUCCCUCGAACAGGAGAUCCAGGAAAUGAGGCGUGGUGGUGCAGAGCCUGAGUUUGACAUGUCUGACAUCUUCAAUUUCUGCCGGCGUGGCGUGGAGAGCAUCGUCGAUGACGAGGUGACCAAGCGCUUCACAGCGGAGGAGCUGGAGUCCUGGAACCUGCUGACCCGCAGCAACUACAACUUCCACCACAUCAGCACCAGGCUCACGGUGCUCUGGGGGGUGGGCGUGCUCAUUCGAUAUGGGUUUCUACUGCCACUCAGGGUCACGCUUGCUUUUACUGGUGUCGGCCUUCUUGUGGUUCAGUCGUCAAUCGUUGGACUGUUUCCGAAUGGAAGAAUGAAGAAUUAUCUCAGCGACAAGGUUCAUUUAAUGUGUUACCGGAUCUGUGUACGAGCCCUCACGGCCAUCAUUACCUAUCAUGACAGUGAGAAUAAACCCAAAAACGGAGGAAUCUGUGUGGCCAAUCACACCUCGCCUAUCGACGUCAUCAUUCUGGCCAGUGACGGAUGCUAUGCUAUGGUGGGCCAGGUCCAUGGUGGUCUGAUGGGGGUCAUUCAGAGGGCGAUGGUGAAGGCCUGUCCUCACAUCUGGUUUGAGAGGUCUGAAGUGAAGGACCGACACCUAGUGGCCAAACGUUUAAGUGACCAUGUUGCAGAUGAAAGUAAACUGCCAAUCCUUAUAUUCCCAGAGGGAACUUGUAUAAACAAUACUUCAGUCAUGAUGUUCAAGAAGGGAAGCUUUGAGAUUGGCUGCACAGUUUAUCCUGUGGCCAUAAAGUAUGAUCCUCGCUUUGGUGAUGCCUUCUGGAAUAGCAGCAAAUUUGGGAUGGUGAACUAUCUGCUGCACAUGAUGAGCAGUUGGGCCAUCGUGUGUAGCGUCUGGUACCUUCCACCAAUGAGCCGAAUGGAAGGGGAGGACGCUGUGCAGUUUGCCAAUAGAGUUAAAGCAGCCAUCGCUAGAAAGGGAGGACUGGCAGACUUGUUAUGGGAUGGUGGACUGAAACGAGGGAAAGUCAAAGAAGUUUUCAAAGAGGAGCAGCAGAAACUUUACAGCAAGGUUUUAGUGGGCAGCAGCGAAGACCGCAGUCGCUCUUGAAGAGAUGCAGCUCGACUGGCCCCUUCCUGAACCUGUUUGGACACAACUGUAGAACAGAACCGAUGAAGUCAUUCGUGAGCUGUGUUGCCAGACCCUCGGCUCACUGCUGCGCCUCAGGAGCUUUUGCAUUGUUGCACGAUUGUCUCUGUUGCUUUCAAUUCCUGGGCUGACUAUAAUUUCCGUUUGGAGUGAGAGUUACACAUGGCAUACUUGAGUGAAUUUUUUUUUAUAUUUAUUUAUUUUUUCCUUCACAGUUUGUUUGUAAUGCAUGAUGUCCCAGGAGAAGAAAGAGUGGAAGAGUUUGAAGUGAUUUAUUUAAGAUUGUGUAAAAAAGUGAAGGGAUGAUGUGGAUAGAACUGUGAUUUUGGUAGAACCAUGAAGAACAAUGUCUGUUAAGUGUUUAGCUGCUCAGAUCAUCUCCUCAUGGCAACCUCUCUAGUGUGCUGUUUUUUUUUAAUACAGUAGUUUUUUGGGUUUUUUUUUUUUUAACAUUAUCUUCGUUUACUUUUUCAUUUAUAUGUUCAAACGGUAUUGAAAGGUUAAUAUCUAACUAUUCUGAAAGGACAGUGGUUUUGUUUUUUUGUUUCAAGCAGGUCACAAGUUUUUAAUUUAAAUCAAGACCAAAGGGGCCUGAUUUUUGUCUUGCACAGUCAACAUCUCUUAAGAAUUUUCUAAACAUAACACAAACUAUCUUUGUAAUAUAUCCUUAAUGUGUAGAGCAGUGUAAUGAAAAAGGAAAAUCUUUUAAGUUAGAAUGGCUGGUCAAAGGGUCUAGACCUUGUUCUUUUUUCAUUCCACUGUUUUUAUCAGCAGAAUACGUUGUGUGAACUGGCGAAACAGCUCUAUACAGAAAAACGUUGGAACUUUUUCACCUGUAAAAAAAGGUAUAUUAUCUAUUGCCAAAAGUGAAGCAAGGUAUGCUAAAGCCGCUUUCACUUAUCGAGCAACUUUCUGUUGGUCAAUCCCCAGAAUUCUGGAACAGCUGAUGGGAAAUCUGUGUGGGAAAAGCGUUCGUCCUCGCGCAAAAUUCCAGAUCGUAAACAGACACCAAACAUCGCUCAAUGUGACCGCACCACUCAAUCGGUCCUUGGGGUCAAUAUGACCCCAAUCGACUUUUCCUUAAUAAAAAAAAAAUGGUUUCCUUUA